GUGGGGGGAGGAGAUGAAAAGAUGUGACAAGUCCCCAACCUGCACCACUUCCCGAACUGGUGGACACAGCCCCGCCCCUGCCCAGACAUCUCGGAGCCGGGGGAGGUGUGAAUGGCCUUCUUUGUGCCUCUGAAUUGGAAGCAAUUAGGUGCUACUUAUCUGGGCUGGGGGGAGGAUUGGAGCGGUCUUUGCAAACCUGCUUGCCACUCCCUCCUCCUGAGCUCAUAAAUGCAGCUCAGCCCUGCUAAGCCCCCGGAGGACCCUGCGCCUCACCUCCACAGUCUGUCCCCUACAGCCAUGUCUCCUUCCUCUACCCUGCCCAGUGGCUUCAAGCCGUCCAGCUUUGGCUCAGUGGACUGGCUUUCCCGGAGCAGCCACGUGGGGCCGGCACACACCAUCAGGCCCGCUGAACUCUCCUGGGGGAGACUGUCUGCUCCAGCCAGGGUGUCCAGCAGCGGGGAGCUCCCCCAGACCGUGGGCGUGGAGGAGGUGAAGCCCUCGCAAGUGUCUGCGCCAGGGACACCUGCAGCUGGGGUGAGGAAGGAGGCCGACAGCGGGCGGGCGCCCCGGGUCCGCACGGCCUUCACGGCGGAGCAGGUCAGCACCCUGGAGAGCGCCUUCCAGCACCAACGCUACCUGGGCCCCCUGGAGCGCCGGAAGCUGGCCCGGGAGAUGCGGCUCUCCGAAGUGCAGAUAAAAACCUGGUUUCAGAACCGCCGCAUGAAGCACAAGCAUCAGCUCCAGGACUCUCAGCUGAGCUGCCCUUUCUCCAGAACGCUCUAUACGCCAGUGGCUUUCUGCCCGCCACUCUCUGCCCUGGCCAGUAGCUUACCGCCACUGUACCCUUGGGCUUCCCCACUUGGGCCUCCGGCUCUGGGACGGCCCCCUGGCUCCUUCUGGGACCUCUGCCAAGUGGAACAAGCCUCCCUGGCCUUGACGUGGGCCUCGUGCAGCAGACAGCCUCCAGUGUGCUGCCUCCCAGACCCUGGGGGCCUGGUGCACACACUGGGCCCAGCUUUGUCCAGGGGUCCCUGGGGCCUGUGUGCCUUGCCCCAGACCAAGGAUGCCUUCUGAGGAAGCAUGGUAGCCCAGAGGCCUGCAGCUGGAACGUGUCACACACCGCCACCGCCACAGACACAGUAGGUGUGUGCGGAACUGUGCCCGGUAUCUCCCUGGAAAGACGCUCACCAGCGAUUGCUGUCACCGUGACCUCUGGCGUGAGCCUUGUGUCUCCACAGGGGGGACCUGGAACCCUGACCUUCCUUAGGACCUCUUACAGCCACUCCCUCGUUGGAAACUACUGCACGUUCAGUUUAGGAACCACACACGAUGGGUCAGCCAACAGAAUCCGGUGCCAAAAGUGGACUCGCCAAGUGUCAGGCUUGUAGCAUAUGAUACAGCGGUAAUUUAUUCAAUGGAAAGUGUUGGAAAAAUAAAGAUGGGCACCCGGCUGCCUCAGUCAGUGGGGCCUGUGACUCUUGGUCUUGGGGUUGUGAGUUCGAGCCCCACAUUGGGUGUGGAGAGUACUUAAAAAUAAAAUCUUAGAAGUCA